AAUGGUCUCCCGAAAGAUCUCUUCCCUGCUGCCUGGUCUACUGCUUUGGCUGGCAUUUGGAUGGACUCUGAGCUCUGCUUAUAGCCCUCGGACCCCUGACCGGGUCUCGGAAGCAGAUAUCCAGAGGCUGCUCCAUGGCGUCAUGGAACAGUUGGGCAUCGCCAGGCCCCGGGUAGAAUAUCCAGCUCACCAGGCCAUGAAUCUUGUGGGCCCCCAGAGCAUUGAAGGUGGAGCCCAUGAAGGUCUGCAACACUUGGGUCCUUUUGGCAACAUUCCCAAUAUUGUGGCAGAGUUGACUGGUGACAACGUCCCUAAGGAUUUUAGUGAGGAUCAGGGCUACCCAGACCCUCCAAAUCCCUGCCCUGUUGGAAAAUCAGGUGAUGAUGGAUGCCUGGAAAACACCCCCGAUACAGCUGAGUUCAGUCGAGAAUUCCAGUUACACCAGCACCUUUUUGAUCCGGAACAUGACUAUCCAGGCUUGGGCAAGUGGAACAAGAAACUCCUCUAUGAGAAGAUGAAAGGAGGACAGAGGCGAAGAAGGAGGAGUGUAAAUCCGUAUCUACAAGGACAGAGACUAGACAAUGUGGUUGCAAAGAAGUCUGUCCCCCAUUUUUCAGAUGAAGAUAAGGAACCAGAAUAA